AUGGUUCAGCAAGGGCAAUUUGGUGGAAAUCCAACUGAAGACCCUAAUGCACAUUUAGCAAACUUUUUAGAGAUAUGCGACACCAUCAAAAUGAAUGGCGUCAGUGAGGAUGCAAUCAGACUAAGGCUGUUUCCUUUUUCGUUGAGAGAUAAAGCUAAGGUGUGGCUAAACUCCAAAGCUCCAAAUUCAUUUACCACAUGGGUAGACGUAUCACAAGCAUUCUUGAGUAAGUAUUUUCCACCAGGUAAGACUGCUAAACUCAGGAAUGAUAUUACUAGUUUUGUUCAAUUUGAUGGUGAAUCCUUGUAUGAGGCAUGGGAAAGGUUUAAGGAAUUACAAAGACGGUGUCCACACCAUGGUUUGCCUGAUUGGUUGAUUGUGCAGACAUUCUAUAAUGGUCUAUCUCAUUCAGUUAGAAUCACUAUAGAUGCUGCCGCAGGGGGUGCACUAAUGGGUAAGUCUACAGAAGAUGCUUAUGAGCUGCUUGAAGAAAUGGCUUCCAACAAUUAUCAAUGGUCUACCGAAAGAGGUAUGCCUAAGAAAGCCUCAGGUAUGUAUGAAGUUGAUGGCAUUAAUAUGUUAAACGCCAAGGUGGACAAUCUUGUAAAAAUGUUUGGUUGAGCAAGCGUAGUAUAUUUCAAAUUCUAACAGGCAAAACCAGCAAAAUAACCCAUAUUCUAACAACUAUAAUGCAGGUUGGAGAAAUCACCCCAAUUUUUCCUGGAAGGAUCAGGGCGGCAGUAGCAAUUCUAGGCCUAGCAAUCCUCCUGGUUUUCAACCAAGACCUCAAGGAGUGAUGCAACAACAACCAGAAAACAAGCCGUCUUGGGAGUUGGCAAUUGAAAAGUUAACGAAUGCCACUGUGGAUAGAUUUGAAAAGCUAGAGGCA